AUUAUCGUUACCAUCAUCUGCUUUUGUGUCAUCGAUGCAGGCAAAAAACGUGAGGAGUUUUUUUUUGUGCCCAGCAGUUAGAACCGAAAUGUUCGAUUCUUUGGACAUAGAUCAAAAAACAGCCUUGAUUCAUCGUGGUUGAUUCCAAUUACUUGAUUUGAUUCUAAUCAUUUCCGAGCAUAUCUUCCUCCACCGAAUUUUUUAUCUCCCAUUACAAUUUUCCAACCUGAACAUACAAACAUUAUACACGAAGUUGUUUUGUUAGAACCAACGGUCUCGUAGACCACAACCUGUACCUUCUUAGACCACAACGCUCUCUUGGACCACAAGAAAGUAUUCAUUAAUUAACUUCACAACCUGUACCCGAGUAUCUAGAGAACAACUUUUGUGUGAUAAUUUGUGCCUUUUGUCCCCAGACAAACAGCCGAAAAAAUGGUGAAGGCAGAGGAGGUGGCGAAGCACAACACCGAAGGUGACUGCUGGGUCAUCAUCGACGGAGAGGUGUUCGACGUGACUAAGUUUCUUCCAGAUCAUCCGGGAGGCGCUAAGGUACCAACAUAUUCUACUUAGGUUAACAACAUAUUCUACUUGGGUUAAGAGCAUAUUCUCCUUUUAGGCUAACAACAUAUUCUACUUGGGUUAAGAACAUAUUCUACUUGGGUUAAGAACACUAAUCUAGUAGACAGGCUACCUACUUAUCUAGUCUCGUCUAUCUAGUCAUGGUCUUAUCUAGUCGUAGUUAUAUCUAGUCUGGUCUUAUCUAGUCUAGUUAGGUUACACUUAUCUAGGCUGGUCUAUCUAGUGUUACCUACUAGGUUAACAUUACGUGUAUCUACUAGUACUAACUGACUAGAUUUUUAGGUUAAUUCUUCAUCACCAUAACACAGGCCAUCGUAAUCUACGCUGGUAAGGAUGCCACGGAGGAAUUCGAUAUGCUGCACGAGAGGAAGGUGAUCGACAAAUACGGCAUCAAAAAGGGUGUCGUUACCAAGAUCGGGAAGCUGGAGUAAAGAGUUAUGUCCACGACCACAAAGUUCAAUAAAUCAGUUACUGCUUAGAUGGAACACCUAAUAAUCGUGCAUCUGGGGAACAAAUUUUAUAUACUACUGUUAUAAACCAGUUUAGUCGGAAAGAAGUUCUUGGAGUAAGAAGGUAUGACGCAAUACGAAUUGUAAAUUACUUCAGUCGGAAAGAAGUUGGAUUAAGAAGUUAUGAAUGAAGGGACUAUAAUUUAGGACUAGCAGUGUGAAGACAGAGGAAGAGUCCAGUACGAGCCAUGGAGCCAUGGACAAGGAUGCAGGUAUCCGGUGCUACAGAGUGCGGUGUUGCUACCUUUUGACUCAUGUGAUUAUCAUGCUCUUUAUUUUCCUACUUUUUGACCUAGCUACUCCUUGAACAGCAACGUCUAAUGAUGAUAGACUCCGCAGUCUAAAUAGAAGAAAAAUACAAAAAGACAAGGGUAUCUCCGUAGACCAUACAAGGAUCACCUUUGGCAGGUCGAUCAGUGGAUUUGUGUGGGCGGCAGGUGCCUUGUCCAAAGAGGCGAAUGAACACAGAUACUUCAAGUUACCGAGAAUUAUACCAAUUAAUACGAUUUUGACUCUGAGUGGUACUAAUUAAAAAUGAUAAUAAUUUUUAUUUUUCUACUUUGCUUAUACUGAAAACAAUGCAUUUGUAAUUGAUACACGAUCUCUGAGCACACGCGGGGCCUAGUGUCCAGUGUCUUGUAGUUUUCCCUAGUGUUAGACUUCUGCUAUGUCCUGAGAUUGAGACUGAUUGUUACCAAAAGAAUUAAGAAGAAAAGAGAUCUAGAAAAUACAUUCAAUUCAUUAAUGUAAGUAGAACAAUGCUUCUUAUAAUUAAUUGUUUUGACGUUUUCCUCCACUGUAUUUGUUUGCAUGGUUAACAGAUCGUACUCUUGUUAGUGCAAUUUCUUGUUAGGUGCAGUUUUGUGAUUGUUUGGGACAUGUUGUUUCAGGAAGUCAAAGCGAUUAUGAUACAAGACGGAUGAUGUGUACUAAAAAUAUAUACCUCCAACGAUGGAUGAUCGACCUCCAUGCAAUUCUACGAAGAAGAUUCCCUACGAGUAGAACGAGCACGUUCAUCACAAGUUGCAUAUUCCAUCGUCAUCCUUAGUGAAUGUGUACUAGCGCUGGCUACUGGAGGACAAAUGACCACAGUUACUCGAGCUUCUUGAGCACUAGGAGCCAAGUAUCUCAACUAGGAGCCGCGCAAGUCGAAAGACGUCAUCCAACAUUUUCCGGCAGUAAAUUUAAAUUGGGAAGGCAAGGUCGAGAAGCAGGAC